UGACCGUCGUUCCGUGCACUACGCUACUGGCUCUCGCUCCCACCCAUACACUGGACCCAGACACAUACGGAGUUGAAUAAUUCUUGGGUCGUACUUAUGAAUCAGUGAAGCAUCGACCUGCUUUACUGCCAAGCCAAAAUGAACCUUUGAACCAAAUGAGUGUGUGUGUGUGCGGAAAGAUGGAUCAUAUGAUACUAAAAUGAACCCAUCGGUGAGAAAGUAAUCCUACAAAAAAUAAGUAAAACAAAAUCUUAAUUAAUCUUGCAAACUAGACAUUAUGUGAAUCAGUGAAACAGUGAAGCAAGACUGUCUCGGAACUCUGCCAUGAUGCAAACCUCCGCUAAGACACUGUGACAAGACCCACAGCACAGGUCCUGAUGACGGCCGAAGCAUCACACCUCAAGUCCGGCCUCUCUUGAAGGUUCCUAAUAGGACAUGAAGGAGUCGAACAGUGGGUGUUGGCUGCGUCGGUUCUGUGGUUCCUGACGGGGAAUGAAGGAGGCGGCUCCUAGGUGUUGGAAACGCCCGGUCUGUUUCCUUGGGGUGGCGCCCUUCUAUGUUAAACCACCGAAAUUCAUUGGCGAACGUGUGUUGUACCCGACUAAACCUAAGAGCUCGGUGCAGAAAGUUCCUGUCCUUGGUGGCACUCCCAUCACGGCUGACACUGCCCUGGCGCUGCGACGACAAGUGUUUGGUUCAGCGGACUUACUGGGAUCAACGGAGAACGAGUGGCUGGGUCAGUCUUUCGUCUUUCAUGAUGGCGAGACUGUCGAAGCGUACAGCCUCAAGAUGCACAAGACUAGCACCAAGGGCCUGGCCAUGUGUGUCCAGGGAUUCAUCCUCAAACACCUGCUCUUCAACCGCCGGGGAGCCAGGGUGGUUGCCGACCCCACAGUGCUUCUACGGGCGACGACAAAGGCACAGGAGGAGGCACUGGUGGGGGCCCUCAGUGACAUACUUUGGAGGGCCGGGGAGCGACAACACGCCGUGCUGUGCCUCGCCCAGGAGAACAUUUACGUCAACGACACGCCCUCUUACCAGUCCGAUGGAUGCACCGAGCGGAUCCACACCUUUGAGUUCAAGAAGCAAGAUGAGCUGACCUUCAACCUUAAAAAAUAUCUCUUUGAGUUCUUGGCUGACGAAGGUAACGGGUUACUGCUCUUCCUUUAUAGCCUCGUCCUCUCCCGCGGCUUCAACAAGUUGAACGAGGACAUGGGCGGUGAGGAGGUGAGUCUGCUGUGUACUAACGCGAUAAUCCACCCGUGUUUGGCCACUCUGAUGCUGACGGGCCGCGCCACACUCUUCCUCCACAACGGCAUCAUCUACGAGGGCAGCGAGGAUACCAUGGCCAAGCCCAAAACAGGUAUCAUAACCCGGGCGGAGGUGGGGCUGUUAGUGUGGAGGAGACCGGAGGAAGGAGGUCAGGUCAACGUGGGGUCACGACUCAAAACACCUUCUUUCCCUGUCUGGGUCACGAGGUGUAAUGACUCCUACGGGAUCCUUUUCAACCCUAAUAAGGAACUCACUAGGGACUACCACGCUGAAAACAGGUUCGAUCUAUAUUACUACUCUGCCAGCACCAACCAGAAGUCAGCUACCAUCAUCACUAUCGACACUCGUAACCAGACGGUCAAGGAAGAGUACAACUCCCCCUACCUGGAGAACCUCAUCCACACCAAAUGGCAGGGAGCGGAUGUUAACUGGAACGGGACGGCGCCCUUUGUGUAAACUCGCAUCAUCUACAAGAACAUUAUGAUUUCACUCCUCCUGGCUUCCAAGUACUCCUUCUGCUCGUGCCUCCUCUGGCAUAUCUGUUGCCGUUUCAUCAUCAGCGUCUCCUGCUGCAUCUUAACCUCUCGCCUCCCCGGUGUACGCUGUUGCUUUUACUCACUCGCUCUGUUAAGUGUUUCUCGCUGAUAAGGGACAUUCAUAUCAUAAAAUGUCUGACUAUACAGUAUUUUUUGAGGAACCUGGUCACUUUAUUAGCAAUGAGUUGUGUUAUAUCAUCUAGUGAAAUAUGUUCAUGUUAUCCUGAACCUUAUGAUUAAAAAAAAAUUAUAUAUAUAUACAGUAAUUCGUUCUUGUAUUUCAUCUUUGGUCUCUGAGGUCUUCCCUUGUAUGUAGUUUCUUUCAAAGGAUAAGCAAUGUUGCAAUUGUCUCUCGCUCCUAACACCUCUCAUGACAUCUACUGUCUCUUCCUCCGUUUUUCUUCUUCUUUCCUGACUCCUUCUGUAGACCUUUUUAUUAGAUAACUUGUCCUGUGGUCCUGUCAACACCUUUCACUUGCUGGUUCUUUGUUCUUACUACACGUCUCCUGUAGCUACUUCCGCGCGCUAACCUCAGCUGUCGACCUUCUAGUGAUCACUUGUGUACGUCUCAACAUCUGCACUCCUUCAUUUGGUGUGGCAAUCGCCCGUAUUAUUAAACAACAUCUUCCCUUGAAGAAGGCCGUCGUGUUU